GUAUUUGUUGCUCUCAAGCUGUCAAAUUUAGAUGACAAUGUGGCAGAUGCUGCCCAGAUUACUGAAGUGCACAUUGUAACUUGUGUUUAUGUACACAUUAUGUUGUUCUUGUCCUGCCUUGUUAUCAAUAAAGUUUAAUUUCUUCCCGUUCUGAUACUUGUAGAGAAGAGGGAAAGUUUUGUGGUUGGAAAUGAUAUGGAAUCGCCGUGUGUACAGUUUGUCAUAUACCAUUGUUCAGCCUUGACCUGAUUGUAGAAGCUAGAGCUAGCUGACAUAUAUAACCGGUUGAACUUGAUUAUACUCUACUUUGCGGUGUCUGGAAUAAUGCUGACAACUUCUUUUUGACGGAAUAAUGAUCGUAUCUUACCCAAUCUGUAGGACUGUUAUUGAUUCUGCCGUAGUACCGCCCUUGAUUCUAUGUUUCUCUUGACAGAGAAUAUUGGUGGGCUCAGAUCUAGAUUAUUCUGGCAUUAGGUUCUUCCUAUGGUUCUUGAAAUUAAUUUAGUGACUUCUCUUUUAGGAAGGUAGUGGUGACAAGGAUUCCGUGCUUUCUGAAUUUGUCGAGUCCAAACUGAAUAUAAUGGCCAGCUAAACCAGUUAUUGGAGGCAACAUAAUGCUACAGAUACAACUUCUUACAAACAACACAAUUACAUUUACAUUAUUGAGGCGUGGAAGCAAGUGAGCUUUUGCCCCAUCACCGGCGCAAACCAAACCGGGGGCAAGUACUACAAGCGCAUUCUCGAUUGCUUCAACGAGAAAAAGAACUAUGGUGAUUACGCCACCAUAGAGAUGAACCGGAACGAGGGCGCCCUCUCUCACCGUUGGAACUUGAUCAAGGGGUCGUGUAGCAAGUUCCAUGGCUACUAUGAGAAGAUUAAGAAUCGGAAGGAGAGCGGCAAGACGAUGGUGGAUUGGAUGCUCCAUGCUCUCGAAAUGUACAAGCACCAACACGAGGACAAAGACUUCCCCUUCAUGCAUUGCUACAACAAGCUCCAAGGUUGCAAGAAAUGGGAUGACCUCCUCCACACUCUAUUGAAGGACGGGGAAGAUGGGCCGGUCGAUCCAGCCGGCGCCUCCACCGGGCGCCCCAUUGGCAACAAGAGGGCCAAGGCCGAGAGGAAUGCGGCACCGUUAUUGGCAGCCGUGUACGCCUCCCUCGAGAAGAUGAUCAACUCAUUCUCGGUUGAGAACAAGGAAGCGUCGGAGAGGGCCGCCGUCGUGUGGAAGGCAAUCCUCGACAAGCAAGACAUGAAGAUCGCGUUGGAGAGGGAGAAGGUGGAGGCGGCGAAGCUGGAAGCUCACGUUGCUGCCAUGAAGGCCACCAACGAAGCGACGCAGCUAUCGUUGGCCAAAAUGUCUCAAGAAUCGAAGAUCUUGAUGGCCGACAUGGAGAAGAUGGACCCGUUGGCGCGGGCGUGGCACGAGAUGUACCACGAGCGCAUCGGCCAAGAGGUGAUGGCGGCGCGAGCUGCGUCGGCGUCUCCCCCGGCACCGUCCACGUUCAUGUCUACCCCUGUACCAUCCACGUUCAUGUCUCCCCUGGCACCGUCCACGUUCAUGCCUCCCCCGGCGACCGGGGAUCCUGUUGCAGCGACGGAGCUGCCGCCGGCCGCCGAUGAGGAAGUCGAGGUUGAGCCGUCCGUGACCCCCUUCAUGUGAUCAUCCUUUUUUUUGCGCCGGAGACGGCGAUCUGGUGGCCGUGUGUUGGCCCAAACUUCUUAUUCCAAAACCUAUUCGAAUUUGGUGGCCGUGUCUCGGGCCGCAAGGCCGCCUACCUCCACGACCUCGCCGCCAGGUUCGCGGCCGGGGACCUCUCCGAGUCCUCCG